AUUAUUCGACUGGCGUUUACAUUGUUUUAACUUGCGUUGGAUGUUUUCUAUCUGCACUAUGAAAUUGGCUAUUGUGUUCGGGCUUUUCUUCGCUAUAAUGUGCCUCACCGAGGGUCAAGUUCCCGGUCAGAACGAGGCCAUGGGCGCAGCAAAAGGAGGCGUAGGAGCUGCAGCAGGUGCCGGCGGCCAGAUCGGCGCACAAGGCGAUGGAGCAGCGGAUGUGGCUGAGGGCGGACCCGGCGCCGGGAUGUCUGCCGGUAUUGGAGCAAGUGCCGAUAUGGGAGCCUCCGCUAAAGCUGAAGCUGAGAAUGGAGCCGGCCGGCGCCGCUAGUAUUCAAAUUGUUUGGAAAUUAUGUUUCUGAUCAAUAAAAUUACAUUUUCUUGAAA